AUGGCGCCGUUCCAGGUCGCCCGGCUGAGGAACCCCCAGCUCCGACUCCGGCAUCCGACAUGCUCCCUAUCAACAUCGAGCUCCCUCCUAUCCAUCCCGCGCCGCCCUAACGAUUUCAAUUCGGGUUAUAGUAGUAGCUACGACCCGACGCAGGAGAUCAGCCGCGGGCCCAUCUUCAGCAAGCACACCUUUGGCGUGCCGCAAUUCUACCCACGGGACCUGAAGCGUCGUGUCGACGACUACGUCGUGGGCCAGGACCGUGCAAAGAAGACGAUCUGCUCCGUCAUCUUCAACCACUACCAGGGACUGCGCCGCCGGCAACACAACGAGAUCCAAGAUCAGCGGUUCCGCGAGAAGCUGCAACGGCAAAAGUACGCACAGGACCAGGAUGCGUUUGAGCGCGGUGGUUACAACAGCAGCUCACGCGCGCAUCCCGUUGAAGACGAUUACCCCGGCCACCACGAGGCGGUCAGAGGCACCUACCAAAUUCCCGACGCCCUGUACGACCCACCGGCGGACGACUUUUACAUCCCAGAAGACUUCGCAGCUCCAAACCAUGUCAAGAUUGACAAGAGCAAUCUGCUGUUAAUUGGGCCAACCGGCGUGGGGAAGACAUACAUUCUUGAGACGUUAUCGAAGAAGCUCAACGUACCAUUCACUAUUAGCGACUGCAACUCGUUCACUCAAGCGGGAUACAUCGGACAGGACGUCGAGUCUUGCAUCGAACGGCUACUCAUCGAGGCCAACUACGAUAUCAAGGCCGCCGAACACGGGAUCAUAGUGUUAGAUGAGUUCGACAAAAUUGCGAAGCGCGAGACCGUUAACGGCCGCGAUGUUGGUGGCGAGGGCGUGCAGCAGGCCCUUCUCAAGCUUGUUGAGGGGACUAAGGUUACCGUUAACAUCAAGGACCAACGAUCAUCCCGCACGGCGACCAACCCGCCUAGCGGCUACGGACCGUCUAAUACCCAGUCGGCACCUCCGGCCGGCAAAGUUGACCAAUACACAAUCGACACUACAAACAUACUAUUUGUAUUCUGCGGCGCCUUUGUCGGACUAGACAAGACUGUUCUGCGUCGUGUAGCUAAGCCGUCUAUCGGUUUUGGCUCGGAGGUUCGCGGACGCAGCUCUUCUAUGUCCGGAGACAAGGAUAUCCUACCACGAGAGAUGUACAACCACCUCCCACACCAGCCCGUAUCCGCCGCCACCAACAGCAGUGGCGGUUUCACCCCUCUCGACCUUGCGACGCCCGCCGACCUUCAAGCCUACGGCUUUAUUCCCGAACUCAUUGGCCGCCUACACAACAUCUGCGCCCUUACCCCACUCUCCCUUGACGAGCUCUUCCGCAUCCUCACCGAGCCGCGCAACAGCCUCGUGGCCCAAUACACUGCCCUUUUCGAAACCUACCCGAGCAAACUGUUCUUCACGCGCCGGGCACUGUACGCGAUCGCUUCACGCGCGGCCAAGAACGAGACCGGUGCGCGUGGGCUCAAGAUGGAAAUGGAGCGUGUCUUAGCCGAGCCCAUGUUUGAGGCGCCCACGCCGUAUGUGUUAAUUACGGAAGGCUGUGUCACCGGUGGGGAGAAGGCUGGCUACUGGGGCAGGGACGGGAGGAUGGAGCUAGAGAAGAGGUUGCGGGAGGAGGAUGAUAAGGGGCCGAAGGGUGAUGCGAGAGGCCGAGGGGGGAGUGGUGGGGAGCAAGGGCCGUUCGAGCCGUUUCGCGAGGCUAAUUGGAGUAGUGCGUAA